UGUCCUGUUGGGAUCACCCCCCCUCCCCCUUUCCCUUAUUCCCUACCCUUCCUCCUCUUCCUCUCUCCAUCCCAUCCUCCCUAUACUCCAACCAUCCUUUGCUGCGAUAAAAAGUCCCCACCAUCUCUGCCAAGCUGUCGGACAUGUCAGGACCCGUGCCAAGCCGGGCCCGAGUGUACACAGAGGUCAACACUCACCGGCCCAGGGAGUACUGGGACUAUGAGUCCCACGUAGUCGAAUGGGGAAACCAGGAUGACUUCCAGUUGGUGCGGAAGCUGGGGCGUGGCAAGUACAGCGAAGUCUUUGAGGCAAUCAACAUCACCAAUAAUGAGAAGGUUGUGGUGAAGAUACUCAAGCCUGUGAAGAAAAAGAAAAUCAAGCGUGAGAUUAAGAUUUUGGAGAACUUGCGUGGAGGUCCAAACAUAAUCUCCCUCAUCGAUAUCGUGAAAGACCCUGUUUCCCGGACACCUGCUUUGGUCUUUGAACAUGUCAACAACACAGACUUCAAGCAACUGUACCAGACCCUGACAGACUACGACAUCCGGUUCUACAUGUAUGAGAUCCUCAAGGCCCUGGACUACUGCCACAGCAUGGGAAUCAUGCAUAGAGACGUGAAGCCACAUAAUGUGAUGAUCGAUCAUGAACACCGCAAGUUGCGCCUUAUUGACUGGGGCCUGGCUGAGUUUUAUCACCCAGGACAGGAGUACAAUGUCAGAGUGGCCUCCCGCUACUUUAAAGGGCCUGAGCUCCUGGUCGACUAUCAGAUGUAUGACUACAGUCUGGAUAUGUGGAGUCUUGGCUGUAUGCUAGCAAGCAUGAUUUUCCGGAAGGAGCCCUUCUUCCAUGGCCAUGACAACUAUGACCAGUUGGUGAGAAUAGCCAAGGUUCUGGGAACUGAAGACCUUUAUGACUACAUUGACAAGUACAACAUUGAGCUGGAACCUCGCUUCAAUGACAUCCUGGGAAGGCAUUCUCGCAAGCGAUGGGAGAGGUUUGUCCACAGUGAGAACCAGCACCUGGUCAGCCCAGAGGCUCUGGAUUUCCUGGACAAGCUGCUGCGCUAUGACCACCAAGCCCGGCUUACCGCCCAUGAAGCCAUGGAUCACCCCUACUUCUUCCCCAUUUUGAAAGAUCAGUCUCGUGUGGCCGGAUCAACCAACCUGCCCAGUGGGAACACAUCUGUUGGCACAGCCAACAUGAUCACUGGUAUCUCUGCCUUGCCAGCCUCAACUGCCCUGGGCCCUCUGAUUGGCUCGCCGGUCCUGUCUGCUGCCACCAUUGCCCUGAACACCCCGGUGCCCACUGCUGCUGGCGCCCCGCAGUGACACCCCCAUCUAAAUCCACACACACUCCACCUCAUCUCCCCCACCGACACCACCAUCCAGCUUGGGGGAGAGGGAAACUAGACAAGUGCUCUGCCAACCCCUCCCACAUCCAACCUAACUCAGUGUGACUGCGCCUCACCAACCCUCUGUCUGAAGGACGCUGUCAUCAAAGAAAAAAAAGCGAUGUUUUUGCAUUCCUUUUCCUUCUCGAAUGAACGUGUUAAGCUGACAUCUGAAAUGAAUGUCCUGUGUAAAUGAAACGUGCAGGUAUUCCUUUUAUUUUACCACUAGCUGUAGUGAAUACAAAUGGAUGUAUGUUUGUAUGUGGUGAGUCUGAGAGGGAGUGUCAUCCAUGGCUGACUGGGUCUCAUCACCUCCUCCUGUGUGUUUUAGUUUGGUUGGUGAUGGCACUGGUGAGAAAGAACAUCAACAGAAGGCAAAAAGAAAAGUUGGCCAUCAGGACCAAAUAGGAGAACAUCCUGAAUGGUUUACUUCUGCAGCACUGUCAAAAACGAGACCUGAAGAAAACACUUAGUUUACCUCCUGACGAGUUUUAACACCCUCAAGAUCACAGCACUUUAGAAGUGUUUGGUGCUGUCCCUGUGCUCCUGGUGUAUGUCAACACAAUGACACUUCAACACUUUCUCUGCCUGAGUAGCUCUGUUAAACAUAUUUUACCAUACCAGACCACCAGUCAUCUUUUGAUCAUGUCAGGCGUUGUUAAAGCUGUUCUGUAUUUGAAAAUGUUCUGGCAGCUGGAUAGGGGUCAUCACCAUCCAGGGGUUGGAUCAACUCUAGUGUUCUACUUGGAUCUCCUAAGAAGCCAGAUAAGGUUCAUUCAGGUUCCUGAAGAAAUAGUUUCUCAAACGUGCUGCUUUCUAGAUCCUUGAAUUGCUUCAAGUGGCUUUUCUUGAAAUAAUUUCAAGACAUUACCAAAGUUUACUCAGUAGUUUGGACGAAGCGACUGACCAAUCCUAGUUUUAUUUUGUGGCCGUUACUCAUGGAGGGGCCUUGAUGCAGGUUGAAGAUGUGGGUUCUAGUGAACACGCUGACAAAAUGAUACAAUAAACCUCUGCAGGUGACUGAAGUGCUGUUAGUCUUGUGACAUGGGUAAGCUUAGUGAUGAGUUAUACAGUUUAUUUGCUUUCCCCACCAUGUUAAGGGAGAAUUGAAGUUGAAAUGUGGAAUAGCACUUGAAGGGUAGAGUCAUGCCCCGUGUUUUAGUGUCAAAGUUUGAAAGUGUACGUUUUAGACCCUGCACAUACACGUCUAUUUUUUUUCCCCAUUUCAAAACCUAAAAAUGCAAAUAAAUUCAAACAUGUACACGUUGACCUGUGAGCGGAGCAGUCCCUACAUCACUGUAUAUAUUUUUAUGUUCUUAUGUAGAAGACUAGUAUUUGAAAAUAUUUGUGUAAAUAAACGCGUGUUUUAUUUA